UCAAGACAGUUGUGUUUCUGAAGAUGUCGAGGCAGAGAAUAGAUGUUCGAAGGUAAUUUGCAAUCUAAGAUAUGUGUAGACUAGCACCUGUCCCUUGUUAACACAUGUCACAAUUUUUGCCAAGGAGUUCUGCGAGCAGAUAGUUUUCUGGAUUGUUGACAUCUGUAGCAGACGUCUUACAACCACUUCCUUCGCAACGAGAAAGCAUCUAAAAAGAAAAUGGCCGACAAAAGAAAGGCGAAUGCUGCAGACGAUCGAACUCAAGAGACUGACAGACAGUUCCUAGACAACAACAAUGUAAAACAUUUGAUGAAGGAUGUGUUAGGAAAGCUGUUGGCUAACCGUCCAGCUGACCCUCUGGCUUUUAUUGCAAACUAUUUUGAGUCACUGGAGGAUCAAACAAACCUGGUUGUCAAGGCCCACCAACAAAUCUGCCUCACCCACCACAGCCGACCCGCCUUCCUCAGAAACUUGAAAGCUGCUUACAGUCUUCUCAGCCAACACAAAGUAUUCCGUGAUUUUGAGCUAUUUGGAGGUAUAAUAGUGAAGAAAAACCUGAGAGGUGUGAGUGGCUCAAUUUAUACAGACCUUCUUGUUAUGCUGACAAAAGACAUCCCUCCCGUAGUGAUGAACAGAUUGAUGAAGAAGAUCGAGUGUUCAGAAUUUGAAGCGGUGACCUUUGAGACGUUCAAGAGUGGAGUGUUUACCUGCUGUGUUUUACUGGACUAUGUAAAGCUGACAGACAAACUGUUCCAUGCACUGGACAUCCAGAAAAUGGGGAGAGUGGAGAAAGCUUUGUCCAAAGUUGUGCUGGAUCAGUUGGAUUUGGCUCUCAACCAAUCAAAUCCUGGUGAUCCUGUAAGCAUCCUGCAGUCUGGGUACAGUUUGGGACCAGUGGGCUUGGCAGAGGCUUUAGAGAAGGCAUAUAAACCCAAUCCAAGGAGCCCCACAUGUGUGACCUGCGAGGAGUUUGUCUGUCAGGCGUGUGAACCAUUCCUGGAAAGGUUUGCUAUCCUUGAUUUUGUGGAUUUCACCUAA